CCAGCCCUGGAGGCAGUCCAACGGCAGGAUGGGAGGGUCGCGCCUGCGCUGGGGCGCCGCUCGGCUUCUCGGUGCCGCCGAGUAGCCGUUCUCGGCCUCGGCCGCUCGAGACUGGUUCUUCACUUGGGCCUGACUGGAGAACCCGACUCUCUCCCAUCCCAAGACGAGAAAAAGCUGGGAGGAAGAGCGGGCGCACCCAGGGCGACGUCCCCGAGCGGCCGUCCGCGCGCCCGGCCCGGCAGCGUCUGAAGUAGUUCCGCCUGCUCGGUUGAGCGAUUUCUCCUGGGCCGCGCUGGUGAGGAGACCGAUGAGCAUCGCUGUUGCCCGUUGGGAAUUUCGCGGCAGUGACAGGUGUUGCGGCGGAGUUCAAAUUAAGGAAAACCUAUAUCCUGCUUCUUUCUGUAAGCAGCAUCUAAUUGUGCAAAAGAUCAGUCAUGCAGCCACCUCCCCAGGCAGCCCCAUCCGGUGUGGUUGGGCCACCUCCAGCUGGGACUCCUCAGAGCAUGUUCUGGUCCAACAGACCAUAUAGGAGACAGGCAAAUAAUAACGCACCCGUGGCUCCGAUAACUUGCCCACUGCAGCCGGUGACGGAUCCAUUUGCUUUUAGUAGACAGGCGCUACUAAAUACAUCAUUGGGCAGUUCGUCCAAAAGUAGCCCACCCAUUCUGCAAGGCCCGGCCCCACCAGCGUUCCUUCAGCGCACCGGUCUGCCUAUGCCUCACACAAAUGCUGGGGAUACCCUCCAAGGACCAGUGUCACAGCCCAGAGCAGAUGGCAGUCUGUUUUCCAGUGUGCUGACCCCUUCAACUCCAUCGGAGCCCGAGGUGAACAGGAGUGCCGAGGUUGCUUCCGGCUCAGAACCCGAAGUUCAGACUCUGCCAUAUCCUCAGUAUAUUCCAGGAGCGGGUGUUGACAGUUCUCACGGGGGCCAUCCUCACACGAACAUGCUUGGGCCCGAUAGGCCCCUGAGUAGGCAGAACCCGCAUGACAGUGCUGCAGCAUUAGCACCAUCCCCUUUCUUCCCUCAGCCUCGUCAGCAAAUGCCAGGGCAGUGGGGACCAGGGCAGGGAGGCCCACAACCCUCAGGUCAACAUUAUUGGCCCCGCCCAGAAGGACCUGUUCAGAACGCGGUGCCUCACGCCUCCAGCAUUUCUCACUUCCCUGCUCCGUCCAACCCACAUCAUGGUCCUGGCCACGAGCAGCUCAACCCACUGGUGUGUUUGCCAGGACCCUUAGCCAGUGAUGGAAGCAACGAGGCGGCCUACCUACAAAGUGGAAACCAUUCAACAAAUAACUUUGAUCCUGAAAAUGCGUUCAGGCAAAAUUCUAGAGCUGGGAAUACUCGGGCGAGCCAGGAGCUCAGGCCAAAUCCAGGAGUGAAUAAAGAGCAGUUGCCAGACCUCGCUCUCGUUAAUCCCCUCGCUCAGGGAAAUAGCCCAGAAAGCCAUUUGCACUACCCCCCAGGGGCCGGGACCAGCCGAGCCCUGUCAGAAGUGGACUCUGGGGCUCUCUGCAUGUUUUUCCAAGGUGGGGAAACAGAAAAUGAGGAGAAUCUCUCCUCUGAAAAAACAGGCUCUGCUGGUCAGUCUGACUUCGACGGCUUCUCCCCCAGCCCCGCGCUUGGUCAUCCUCCUGCACAUGUGGGAGCAGGUGGCAUUUACCAGGCCUUUCCCAAAGGUUCCACCAAUGAGGCCACGCAGCAGGGAGGACUCCCACAACCUUGUUUUUCUCAGUCUGCAGGCGCCCAGCCUGAUCGGCCCCCGGCAGCAAGCGCCGCCGCCGCCGCCGGUGCCGGGUGGGGCAGCACAGCAAGGGCAGGGGCGCGCACGGCCAGCAGCGUGCAGUCUGAGAAUGUGGAAGACCUAGAAUUCAUUCAAAAUCAGGAAGUUCUGCCAAGUGAGCCCCUGAGUUUGGACCCUUCCUCCCCAAGCGAUCAGGUCAGAUACGGGCCCCUUCCCGGGCCAGCCGUCCCUAGGCUUGGUGGUGUGGGCCACGCUGGAGGUGGGGGCCCAAAUCUCGAGGCCCCGGAUUCAGCGCUGCACCCUGUGCGGUCUGAUGGAGCGUCAGCCGGUUACAGCAGCAAGAACCACAGGAAUCUCCCGAGUGCAGCCAGGCCCCAAGAGGUAGGCACUUUCAUUCAGCAGGAAGUUGGAAAACCUGAAGAUGAGUCUUCGGGGAGUUUUUUUAAGCAAAUUGAUUCUUCUCCUGUGGGAGGAGAGACAGACGAGACCACCGUGAGUCAAAAUCACCACAGCAGCCGGUCCCAGCCCUCAACCCCAAGCCCCCCAAAACCCACUGGAAUAUUUCAGACAAGUGCAAAUAGUUCUUUUGAACCAGUGAAAUCGCACUUAGUUGGAGUAAGACCCGUCGAGGCUGAUCGUGCCAAUGUGGUAGGUGAGGUGAGAGGGGCCACUGCCCACCAGAAGCAGCGUGGGGCUGCUGCUGCCCGACCCGACGCCUCCCCCGGCAACCUGGAGCAGCCGCCGGACAACAUGGAGACCCUGGUCACGCUCCAGGCCCGUUCUCCACCCUUCUCCGUCCCUGUGGAGCCUGGCCACGGGCUCUUGCACAGCGGGGGACCGCCCUUGGAAACUGUGCUCCUGGCGGCGGAGAAAAGGCCUUUGGCCAGAGCCCAGGGAGCUUUGAAGUGUGAGAGCCCAGUGACGACGUUGUGGGCACAGAACGAGCUGCCAGAUUUUGGAGGCAAUGUCCUUCUAGCCCCGGCUGCUCCUGUGUUGCACGUGCCUGUGAAACCCCAGCCGUCGGAAGUGAUUCAGCCUCCAGAUGAGGGCGUGUCCGCUCCGCAGUCCCAGGAGCCGGGCUCCGGCCUCCCUCUGCUGAGUGGGGACAGCAUCUGUGCUUCUGAGAACCUUGAGAAUCCUCCCAAGAUGGGAGAAGAGGAGGCCCUCCCAUCACAGGCAAGUUCCGGCUAUGCCAGUCUGUUGUCCUCACCGCCCACUGAAUCUUUGCAGAAUCAACCAGUCUUGAUUGCCCAGCCUGAUCAAAGCUAUAAUUUGGCUCAGCCCAUUAAUUUUUCUGUGUCCUUAUCGAGUCCUAACGAGAAGAAUCAGCCCUGGAGAGAUGCUGUGGUCAGGGAUAAGCCCUCGGCAAGCAGCCGGGCUGUGGGGGGGGACUCUGGAGAUGGUGCUGCUGUGUCUGGGAUCACGGCUGGCGCUCUCACCCACUCACCUCUGCCUAGCAGUCUCACGCACAGUAGUUUUCCACAAGUUCCUGGUACUUCGGAAAUAGUUUCUAAUCAGCCUGCUAAUUUGCUGGUUCAGCCGCCACCUCAUCUAGUUCCAAAGAACUUGCUUUCAGAAAGCCAAAAGAUUGAUAAUGCAGAGAACGUUCUUCCUGAGUUGGUUAGUAGCCCUGCUGGAAGCACAGGCGUGAUGUUAGUGCCCCCUGCAAACGCUACCUCAGUACCUACUGGUAGUAAGGCAGAUCACUCCAGUCAUCGGGAAGAAACUCCUGGAGCCCCAGACGUCACACUAAAUAGGACUUUGGAAAAUCCUCUAAGGAUGUAUAGCCCAUCCCAUGCUGACAGCUCUGCGUGUCGGCACACCGUCAGCAGUCAUCCGAGACAACCUGGGCCUGGGCCACAUAACUCAGACCAUUUCUACCAACAGGUGACAAAAGACGCUCAGGACCAGCGUGGCCUAGAGAGAGCCCAGCAGGAGCCAGCACCGCCUCUUCCACAAGGGCCCAAAGCAACGUGUUCAGAAACUUCAAACCCAGGAAGUCCACCCUUGCAGGGACAGCCCCAAAACUUGGUCCCACCACCCGCAAGCCCAGCUCCAGCUGACACAGGUCAGCCGCUGCCGGCCCGGCCACCUCGGUCCUCCAGCGCAUCGGUCGUGUCCACCAGCUCGAGCCAGGCAGCCAUGCGGUCGGACCAGCACUGGCUGCAGCCGCCUCUUCCAGACUUGACAUCUUACUACUAUUACAGACCCCUGUACGAUGGCUACCAGUCCCAUUACCCCUCGCCAUACCCGGUGGAGCCUGGCCCGGCCCCCCUCUAUUACCAGGACGUCUAUGGCCUGUAUGAGCCCAGGUACAGGUCCCACGACAGUGCAGCGUCUGCCUAUGCUGAGAGCUACCGCUACGCCGAGCCUGAGCGACCCAGCUCCCGAGCAAGUCACUGCUCAGACCGGCCACCUGCCAGGCAAGGGUACCCCGAAAGUUACUACAAUUCCAAAAGUGGAUGGAGCAGUCAGAGUGACCACUAUGCGGAUUAUUACUCCGGCCAGUACGACUACGGAGACCCAGGUCGCUGGGACCGGUACCACUGUGCUUCCAGAUUCAGGGAUCCCCGCACCUGUGACCGGAGGUACUGGUAUGAUGCUGAAUACGAUGCGUACAGGAAAGAAAACUAUGCUUAUGGCGACAGGCCCGAGAGGUACGAUGACCCCUGGAGGUAUGACCCUCGCUUCACUGGCAGUUUUGACGACGACCCCGAGCCCCACAGGGACCCUUACGGGGAAGAGGUGGACAGGCGCAGCGUGCACAGCGAGCGCUCAGCCCAGAGCCUGCGCAGCAGCUUCAGCUCCCACUCGCAUCAGAGUCAGAUUUACAGAAAUCACGGUGUGACUGCUGUUCCCUAUGAGGCCCCACACCCCCCCGGCUCCUUGCCUGGCCAGUAUGCCUACGGCGCCUACGGCAGCGAUUUCGGCAGUGCCCAGGGCUUCCCAGAGUACGGAUACCCUGCCGACGCUGGCUGGCCCACCGCGGAGCAAGAAUACGACUGCUGUGAGUCGCAGAGCUUGGCACAGCGGCUGCGAGCUGCCUGGCCUGUCCACAGUGGCCACGUCAGCGAAGCUCCAAGGACAGGCUCCCUGCCAGCUUCCUGGGGUGGUGGCGCUGUGUUCCCCAGCGCUGGCCACCUGGCUCCAUCAAGACCAACUUCUCCUGAGAAGUUCUCAGUGCCUCAUGUCUGUGCCAGGUUCGGUCCUGGGGGUCAGCUCAUUAAAGUGAUUCCAAAUCUGCCUUCGGAAGGACAGCCUGCAUUGGUUGAAAUUCACAGCAUGGAGACCCUGCUGCAGCACAUGCCGGAGCAGAAGGAGCUGCGCUCGUUCCCAGGACCACUCGGCAAAGAUGACACCCAUAAAGUGGAUGUUAUUAAUUUUGCACAGAACAAAGCUACAAAAUGUUUGCAGAACGAAAAUUUAAUUGACAAAGAGUCUGCAAGUCUCCUUUGGAGUUUCAUUGUUCUCUUGUGCAGACAGAACGGGACCGUGGUGGGAACAGACCUCGCGGAGCUUUUGUUACGAGACCACAAAACCGCGUGGCUUCCUGGGAAGUCACCCAACGAGGCCAACCUGAUUGAUUUCACUAACGAGGCCGUGGAGCAAGCGGAGGAAGAGGAGUCCGGGGAGGCCCAGCUCUCGUUCCUCACUGACAGCCAGGCAGCUGGCAGCAGUGCCCUUGAACGGGAGACCGAGAGGUUCCGGGAGCUGCUUCUGUAUGGUCGCAAGAAGGAUGCUUUAGAGUCUGCGAUGAAAAAUGCCUUAUGGGGUCAUGCUCUGUUACUUGCAAGUAAGAUGGACAGCCGGACACACGCCCGCGUCAUGACCAGGUUCGCCAACAGUCUUCCGAUCAACGACCCUCUGCAGACAGUGUACCAGCUAAUGUCGGGGCGGAUGCCUGCUGCGUCCACGUGUUGCGGAGAUGAGAAGUGGGGAGAUUGGAGGCCACAUCUUGCUAUGGUUUUGUCCAACCUGAGCAGCAACGUGGAUGUGGAGUCCAGGGCGAUGGCCACCAUGGGCGACACUCUGGCUUCAAAAGGUCUCUUAGAUGCUGCACACUUUUGCUACCUCAUGGCCCAGGUCGGGUUGGGGGUUUAUACAAAGAAAACCACAAAACUCGUCUUAAUCGGAUCGAACCACAGUUUACCGUUUUUAAAGUUUGCAACCAAUGAAGCUAUUCAGAGGACAGAAGCCUAUGAAUAUGCCCAGUCUCUUGGGGCACAGACCUGCUCCUUCCCCAAUUUCCAGGUGUUCAAGUUUAUCUACUCCUGCCGCCUGGCUGAAAUGGGGCUGGCCACACAGGCCUUCCACUACUGCGAGGUGAUUGCCAAGAGCAUCCUGCUGCAGCCCCACAAGUACUCGCCCGUGCUCAUCAGCCAGCUGGUUCAGAUCGCGUCCCAGCUGCGGCUCUUUGACCCGCAGCUGAGGGAGAAGCCGGAGGAGGAGGCCUUUGUUGAGCCCGCCUGGUUGGUCCAGCUGCAGUGUGUGGACAAGCAGGUCAAGGAGGGCGCCGCGGCGUGGGGUCGGGAUGGGCCCUUCCCCCAGCGCUGUCCCAGCACCCCGAGCUCCGAGGCGGGGCAGUACGACGGGCCAGCACCCGCCCAGCCAGGGGGCCCGGGCACCGGCAAUCCGCUGCUGGCGCCGCCCGUGCCCAGCGCUGAGCACUUGGGCCAGGGGGUGCGGCUGCUGCCUUCAGCUCCGCCGGCCCUCCCCGACGGCCAGCCGGCCCUCCCCGCCAGGGUGCCCUUGUUCCCGGUGCCCCCACCCCCGGGCCCUGCUGAGCUGGGGCCUGGCUGUGGACCCCCAGGGGCUGCCCUUGGCUUUCCAGAGCCCUCUGGGCCCGACCCUGCGGCUCCGUUCGCGGGGCCUGGCCUGCCACCUGGCGCACCACCUCUGCAGGGAAGUGAGCACGCGCCCCAGGAGGCCCGGAGCCAGGACCCAGGGGUGAUGCCGCCGGAGACGCUUGGGAGAAACUCGCUUCCGGAGCUGAGAGAAGAGGGUUUUGGCGGAAAUUUUGCUCCUCUGGGCUCCUCCAGGAUGUCGCAGGGCCCUGAGGCCCCCCCGGGUUGGGAGUGUACCAGCUCCAGUGCUCUGCAGCCGCCGACAGCCGCUCCCGAAGUGAAGAGACCUGCGCCGGCCGCCAGGAGAGAGGCCAAGGAGCCCAAGAAGAGUAGUGAAUCCUGGUUCUCUCGUUGGCUUCCUGGGAAAAAAAGGACAGAAGCUUAUCUGCCAGACGACAAGAACAAAUCGAUCGUCUGGGAUGAAAAGAAGAACCGAUGGGUGGAUGUAAAUGAGCCAGAGGAGGAGAAGAAGGCACCGCCCCCACCACCAACCUCGCUCCCCAAGGCUCCGCUCGCUGCGCCCCCUGGUCCUGGAGGGCCCCCGAGGGCCUCUGUGAACAUGUUUUCUAGGAAAGCAGCUGGAACCAGAGCACGCUACGUGGAUGUUUUAAACCCGGGGGGGCCCCAGCGGAGUGAACCAGCUCUUGCUCCUGCUGAGUUUUUUGCUCCCCUUGCCCCGCUCCCGAUUCCUGCUCACUUGUUUGGACCAAACCCAGACGCAGAGGAAGCCCCACCUGCAGAGGGGGCCAGCAGGGAAGGGCAGGCGCCUGCAGGGGGUCCGGCCAAUCUAGAGCCGGCCUCAGAGCCCCAGGCGUUCGGCUCCGCGGCGUCGCUCCCCGGCCCUGAGCUCCCACCCACCCGUGAGGACGGCUCCCAGGGAGGAGAGCUUUCACGCUGUAGUUCAAUGAGUUCAUUAUCACGUGAAGUAAGCCAGCAUUUUUAUCAGGCUCCCAGUGACCACCCCCCUGCAGGGGCCGCUCCCGGGGCAGCCGUGCCCUUCUACAGCCCUGCUCAGUUCGCACAGGCCUCGGCCCCCUCAGGAUGCUCGAGGAUGGGGAGGAUUGGCCAGAGAAAAUACCCAGCGUUGAGCUAGAAGAGUUCCCGUCCUGGAGUAGCAUCUGGAACCCUGAAAUCAUUAUUAUGCUCCCCCAAGAACUCCCAACAGAUCGCCUGCAACGUCCCUGUGUUCCCGAAUGGGCACAGGAGUGAUUCAUUCCACCGUGACUGUACCUGUUCUUCCUCCACCGCCACCGUCUGUGAAGGGUGGCCAGGGUCAGGUGCACAGCUCCUGUAUGAGGCCGCCCGAAACGGGGAGCUCUUGGCUCCUUCGUUCACCUAACAGUGAUUUAAGGGUAAAACAGUCUCAGUUGUGAAGAGCGUUGUGCUGGGCAAGGCUGGAGGCAUCUUUGCUGCAGGAAAGACUUUGCUCUUGAGGAACCCAGGUGUCUCUGCAAACCUAACCGUGCUUUAUUUCCCACCCCCCCAAGGGUUCUUUUAGCUUUUGAGAGAGGCUCUGAAGUGCAUCUCUGUCCGGUAGCAAAGACGUUUCCAGCUGCUUCUUCAUGUCCCACGCAACCCAGGGGCCUGGCUUUGCCCGUCUGCGAGGGGCGGCCCUGCCUCCGACAGCUGCGUCCCACACGGGACUGGUCCCCGUGAAUCCACCAGGACUAAAACUGUCACUGUAACAGAUUGGAUUGGGGGUUUUCAGUCCGUGCGUAGCCUGAUCAGACUCCUCGUCAGAGAGCCGUGAGGGGCUGCCACGACCUUUGUGUGAUCAUCGACCCUGUGCUCGGUCGUGACUGCUCUUCACGGCGCCAUCCACUUGCCUUCUCUCGCCUGGUUAACGUCCUCUCGGGUUGGUGACAUCUUGGAGAGAGGGCGGAGAUGGACUUUGUUGGCACGUGCUCCGAGUCCGAGGCUCUGCCUCCGUUUUCCCACGCCAGAUCUUCCGCAGGUCGUGUGCCGACCGCCAGCCACCUGAACCACAAAGGGGGAGCCCUCCCCCUGGACUCCAAGCUUUAUGGCUUCAUCGACUGUUCUGAAAAUUAUUCACAUUCUUGUUAGCUCUGAAGAAACUGCAGAAAAGAUUUAAAUAUUUAUAAGAAUCAUUAGAAAGUAAUUUCUGUAGGUUCUGCUGGGGAACAUAGUUUGCUUGGUGUUUUAAAUCUAAGUACAGAAAUGGUAUAACUGUGGAAUUCGCGCAGGCCUCCCGUUUCCCGGGGGCCCUGGGUCAUCCAGGAAGGGCCACGGGAGGCUUUCCCGUGGCGUCACCCACGUGCACGUCCGGGUGCAUUUGCUCCUGUCACUUUGAGAGAGGCUGGGGCUGGUUGACCGGGCAGCAGCGUCUUGUGUCCCUUGGUCCGCACUCAGUGGGGUCCUGGGACCCCAGACCCUCCUGGCGCCCCCCAGCUCCCUCCACCUGGCCUGCCCACCGUUGCCUGUGCCCACUGCCAGCAACUUUUGAUUCAAGAAGCUCCCUCCCGGGCCAGGCGGGAGCUGCUAUUUUUCCUAGAUGCAACUUGUUACACUGCAAAUUGGUAAAUAAAGUAUUUUGCGCUCGCAA